CAGGCGAGGAUAAAGGAAUUACGUGUCAGAGGAGGGUAGAAGACGGUCCUCGCUAAAUGCAAGAUGGUCCAAAACCAAGCCCAUCGAAGAUCGGAGGACGCUGAGCCGGGAGAUUCAGGGAUAUGUGGCGCCAUUUUGACCGCCUUGUCGUGGGUAGUCGUCGUCUGCACGCUACCCUUCUCCCUCUUCGUCUGCUUUAAGGUGGUGCAAGAGUACGAGAGGGCGGUGAUAUUCAGACUCGGCAGACUAGUCUCCGGAGGUGCCAAAGGCCCAGGGAUAUUCUUUAUCUUGCCGUGCAUCGACAACUACGCCAGAGUCGAUUUACGCACGCGCACCUAUGACGUGCCACCGCAGGAGGUGCUGACCAAAGACAGUGUGACCGUCUCAGUGGACGCUGUGGUCUACUACAGAGUGUCAAAUGCUACUAUCUCAGUGGCCAACGUGGCCAAUGCCCAUCACUCCACGAGACUGCUAGCACAGACCACGCUGAGGAAUGUGCUGGGUACCAGGCCACUCCAUGAGAUACUGAGUGACCGGGAGGCCAUUUCCAACACCAUGCAGACAUCUUUGGAUGAUGCUACAGAAGCCUGGGGCAUCAAAGUCGAGCGGGUAGAAAUAAAGGACGUGAGGCUACCAGUUCAGCUCCAGAGGGCGAUGGCGGCGGAAGCUGAGGCUGCUAGGGAGGCUAGAGCAAAGGUGAUAGCUGCAGAAGGAGAGCAGAAGGCAUCCAGAGCGCUCCGAGAAGCGUCUGAAGUAAUAGGAGAUUCGCCUGCAGCUCUUCAGCUGAGAUAUCUCCAGACACUCAAUACCAUCUCCGCCGAGAAGAACUCGACUAUUGUGUUCCCUUUGCCCAUAGACUUGCUUACAUACUUCAUGAGGGCCAAGGAACAUAGAGAGAAAGCCUCUCAGGCCUAAGGCCAUCUACUAAAACUCUUGUCUACUUUACAAUCAAUUAUAUUGCAAAGCCAUCUUUAAUACAAUCAAGUGAGCGAGGUUAGCUGUAAGAGGAGUGUCUUAGUUUCAAUCUUAAAAUAAGCGUAAUUCACGACGGUAUUGAGUGAUUGAUUAAAUAGCGGGACUUUGUGUCGUGUUUAUUACAUAUUGUAAAAAGACGUUCACAUGAGGAAUAAAUAGAGAAAUAUUUGUUUAACAAAUUUCAAUAUUUAUAUAGUGUGUGAAAUAUGAACACUCAAAUAGUUUUCAGGCCGUAACCACUAAUUUAUGUAGGGUCCAAUUUACUCAAUUAAUCACAAUUUCAAAUUUAUUGUGUGAUACAUGUUUUUUUUUAUGAAAAAGGCAGAUAUAAAUAAAUAUGCAGUAUUUCAGUACUCAUUAAAGAUAAAAUUGCUUUUUUUUUUACUAAACAAGUUGUGAAUUCCGUUUUCUGUUAUUCGAUGAGUUUCUAAUAAUUUGGCAAACGUUGAAACUAAGACACCUUAAAUAAAUAGUGUGGUAAAUAAUUUAAUAACAAGUAUUUAUUUACUGAGUAAUAGAUUAAUAUUGUAUGAUAUUUUUAAUUAUCAUGGGUUAUAUAAUCAAUAGCCCAGCCCGUAAGUAACACUGUUACUAUAAAAACGUAUGUUUUUCAAUUAAAAAUUUAAAGUUCGCAGAUAUUUUUGUAUAACUCGGAUGAUUAUCCCAUCAAUACGAACCAGCUGAACUUGCUAUGAUGAUUAAUUCCACUGUUUUAAAUCUUUUAAUGUAAGUUAAACAACAUUACACACAUUUGUACAACAGAAAGACGUAUUAGUGGGAAGUACAUCGAUAAAUUAAAAUGGUUUUGUGUAAUCUCAAAUUGAUAAAUUAGGGUUUGUACAUAUUACAGACAAUUUCUAUGUGUGCCAUAGUAACUGUUUUUAUCUCAAGCACUCACAGUUGUUUUGUCAACUUUUACUGUGUUGGUAAUUUUUAUAGAGCACAUUCGGAUAUACGUGUAUGCUGUUGAUUACUUUGGUAAUUUACAAAGCUAGCUGUAUGUAUAUAUAACUAUAUUCAAUUUAAAACUAUCAAUUUCAAAUCUGCAUCUACCUUAAAAAUCAAGCCGUUAAGUAUAUUUGCAUGAAAACAAAUUAAUUGUGAAAAUUAAUUAACAAAUUACGCUCAAAGAUUGAAUAACUAACCUAGGCAAGGAAAAAUAUUUAGUUUACAAUUGUAAACGACAUGACAUGAUAAAGUGUUACCUUUUCUAAGUUCUAUGAAUAUGCGUGGGUAAUAGUAUAUUUCAUCACUAGGGCCUACAGUGACUUUUUUCGCCCCGAGCUCAAGUUUUACGAUUGGGGCGAAGCCGGGGUCUCAGAAUGAGCGAGAGUUGGAAAGACACUUUAUGCCCUUGUGAUAAACUAUAUUUUUCGUCAUAUUGCACCAGAAUUUAAACAAACUAUGUUACAAAACUAAAACAGUUUUCGUUUGAUAACCUCUUAAAACUAAUUCUAGCUUGUUUUAAAUUUACUUUGCUAAUGAAAAUAAGCAGCUGUUUGGUAAGUGAUUCAACCAUUUCGUCUAUUUCGAUUGUGUCAGUGUUUUACUGUUAUACUAUUGAUAUGUCGAACUAUUUAUGAUAGGGCAACAAUUAACUACAAUCGAUUAAACAAUCAAUAAAUUUGCUCUCUUUUUCGAUACAUGCAAUUGUUUACAAUCGAAAUUUACAACUCAGUUGACAACAGCUGAUUUGUACUCCCGAGGGUUUAAAAACUCUUUUUACUCCCUAGAGAGCAAAAAUCAUACUUUAGUCCUUCAAGUCAUGCACUAAAAACAGCUGUUUUUGCUGCAGUAUGACGAAAAUAAUGGUUUUUUAAGUCUCUGUACAAAAAUACUAAGAUAAAGUACUGUUGGUUUAUUACUCUACUGAAUAUAUUUUACGGUUAUACUCUAUGGUGUUCUGAUCUAAGAUAGUUUGAAUUAUUUGUACAAUGUACUAGCGGGGCUUGCCUGUGAUAUAAACAUAACUUUAGUGUAGUGUUAGCAUAUGGCUGUAAUAUACAGAUCUAUUCUAUGUUAAUCGUUGUUUUUAAAAAAAUUACCAAUCACAAUCAUAACACAUAACAAUACAAAUUGUGCUAUGCGCUGUAGUUUGUAGUUCUCUAUGUGUAAUCGGACACGUGGCUACAAGUAAAGGGAAUUAACUACGAUAUAGUAAUAACCAUUUGACAAAAUAGUAAAUAAGAUGUAAAAUAAAUAAAAAUAAAAAAAAUAACUUUUGGUCCUCAUAGUUUUUUAAUCUUUUGCUAUAGAAUGUCAAAAGGUGUGUAUGGCUGAUUUAUUGUUUAAAAAAUUCCACAAAUUUCUGUGUUAUUUCGUGGCCCAAAAUUUGAAUAACUUUUAUCAAAAAGUGGAAAAAUAAACUAAUGACAUUUAUUUUAUAUUUACUGCACUGUCAUUUUUAAUUAUAUAGGCCAUUCGAAAUUGUUUGAAACGCAUAUUUAUGAAUAUUUGACUCAAUUAUUUAGUCUAAGUGCACUAGGAGUAUUACUAAAAUACUUAUGGAGGACUGGCUGGGACGUAAAGCUACCAAAUGUAAAAGUUAAACUCAAUCUAAAGAAAAAAAAAUAUGUUUAUGCAAUAAUUGUUUCUUUGUCACGUUUGCAUUUAGGUUGGCUAUACACAUGGAUCCAAAUUAUCUAAGUUUUACAGGAAUGUAAAAUAUCUUAAUUUUACAAAGGAUGCAAAUAUAUUUUCAAAUUACUAUACAGGGUGAGUUUUAAAUGAGUUCCCCCCCCUACUUUUUUCUACAUUUCUUAAGAUAUCAA